AGUGUGUCAUUCUAACACAAGGAUAUGAUUUGACCUCUGAUUGUAUGUUUAGGGCUGUUUUUCUAAGGAAAGUUGAACCUCCAAGCUAGUCUCUAUUUUACAACCUCAAUCUGGUUUUAUUCCAGGAAAGGCUUCUUUCAAUGGCAGUGCGGCUGUGGACGGUAUGUGAAAGAAGUUUUUAUACACUUCCCGGAAGCAAACUACAACAUACAAGGGGCCUAGACCAUCUGUUAUGGAUUAGUAGACAAUUGUCUGCUGAAAAGGAUGAAAUGCUGACCUCACCACGCGUGGAGCUGAAGGAAGAAGAACCCCGUGAAUCUGCCUCUGAAGAUGUUGAACUGAUAUGGUGGCAUCUCUAUGGAUUCUGUGUCACCGUUUCAAGAAAGGCAUAAGGGAAGAGGACCUGGAUUCACAAUCAGCUGCUGCAGCUUGGAAGCAUGCAGAGUUGCCCCUAGCAGAGACUGUGUGACAUUUUAAAGAUGCAGGGACAUCCUGAGCAGCAGCCAUUUCCAGGUGCUUCGGAAGCUGCCGACUGGUUUUCUUCAGUGGAAACUUUACCUCAGUGGAAAUUACUGGUGGAAAGAAAGAUGAGUGACUCACUGGAAAGGACGACAGACUGUCCAGUGUCGCCACUCGCAAGUGGGUCCAGUCUGACUGACGAGAAAGAGAUACCAGGAGGUGCAAGUGAGCUAUGCUGGCAAGAUGGAGGCCUACCUGUGGAGCUGCAAAAAGGGAUGGAAAACCUGAGGGUGAACAGAGAGCUGACCGAUGUGACCCUCUGUGUUCAAGGGCAAGACUUCCUCUGCCACAGGGCUAUUCUGGCUGCUGCCAGUCAGUACUUCAGGGCCAUGUUUUGCAGUGGCCUGAAGGAGAGUCAUGAGGAGUGUGUGGAGAUAAAAGGCUUGGACAGCGGGACCAUGCGCUCUCUCUUGGAGUACACCUACACCAGCCGAGCCCUCCUCACACACUCAAAUGUCCAGAAAAUACUUGAGGCAGCCAGCCAGUUUCAGUUCCUCCGUGUGGUAGAUGCAUGCGCAAGCUUUCUCAGCAACUCUAUUCAUCUAGAGACCUGCAUAGGGAUCCUAAAUCUGGCUGACAGCCACGCUCUGCCCACCCUGAGGACCAGGGCUCAGGACUUCAUCACCUCUCAGUUUUCUCUGGUGGUGCAGCAACAGGACUUCUUAGAGCUGCCUGCAGAGUCUCUGGAGGCCAUCCUGCAGAGGGAUGACCUCAGUGUGAAGUGUGAGGAGUGUGUCUUUGAAGCUCUGAUGCGCUGGGUGAGAGCCCAGCAAGAUGAACGCUAUCCAUUACUGGCCAGCUUGCUUUCACAUGUGCGGUUGCCAUUGUUGGAGCCAGCGUACUUUGUGGAAAAAGUGGAGUCAGAUGAGCUGAUACGUCGCUGCACUGAUGCUUUCUAUUUGCUGCAAGAGGCUCGCAUGUAUCAUCUUUCUGGUAGAGAGGUGGUCUCAGAGCGAACCAAACCACGAGUGCAGCACUUUCUGUCAGAAGUUUUUCUGAUCAUUGGAGGAUGCACUAGGGAUGAACGCUUUAUUCCCACUGUCACCUGCUUGGAUCCUCUAAGACGCAGCCGACUGGAAGUGGCCCGGUUGCCAAUGACAGAAAUGGAAGAUGAGACCCAAAUCAGGAAGUGGGUGGAGUUCUCUUGCAUCACUUUCCUCAAUGAAGUUUACAUAUCAGGUGGUAAAGAGACCCAACACGAUGUUUGGAAAUAUAACGGCGCCCUGGACAAGUGGAUCCAAAUUGAGUCAAUGUUGAAUGGACGAUGGAGACACAAGAUGGCAGUUCAUGGCGGAAAGGUUUACGCUCUGGGUGGAUUUGAUGGGAUUCAGAGGCUUGCUACUGUGGAAGCCUAUGAUCCUUUUCACAAUCGCUGGACACAGGUGACACCUCUUGCAGUGGGUGUCAGCUCCUUUGCUGCAGCAAGCUUUGGCAGAUGGAUUUAUGUGAUCGGUGGUGGUCCUAAUGGAAAAUUAGCCACAGAUAAAGUUCAGUGCUGGGAACCAGGAACAGACAGCUGGGAACUGCGGGCACCCAUCCCUAUAGAAACCAAAUGCACCAAUGCUGUUGCAUUCAAGAACUGUAUCUACGUCGUUGGUGGUGCCAUGCACGCCAUGUACUGCUACUCCCCGCUGUCUGACUCCUGGUCCCUGGUGGCUCGUCUGGGGGAGAGGGCCAGCUGUGCCAUCGCAGCCUGCAACAACAAACUUUUUAUCACAGGGGGGAGGGAUAACAAGAACCAAGUGAUUUCCACGGUGAUGUGCUGGGAUGUGGAUCGAGGGGUGUUGACAGAGGAGUGUGUCCUACCGUUGGGCGUAUCUCACCAUGGCAGUGUGACGCUCAUGAAGUCUUACACGCACAUUCACAGAGUCACACCUUCGUCAGAGUGCCAAUGACAGAAGCUUUCAUGAACCGGACUUUAGUUUUGCUACAGGAAGUAACAUAUCAAAAGGAUGCAGGGAAAGUGUAUCUUUUUCAUUCACUUGCCACUUUACCAUGAGAUAUCACUGUGUUUGUACUAAUGUAAGCAGUGAAAGUUAAAAAUAUAACUAUAUAUUUUCUUGAGCUCUAUUCUGAUUAAAAAUAACUAUUAUCUUUC